AUAACCUUACUUAAAAAACGUGUGUGAUAGUGGCACGUGAAUUUAUUCAAAUAUUUAUUUAGGAAUGUUUAAUUAAUUCUCAAAGGAUUUCAAUUAAGUUUAAUUUUGUAUUAAAAACAUUAGUUUUAAUUUUUCAAGAUGACUCAAAAAGAUUUUCCCCGUGGUGGGAAGAAGCCCAAAAUUGCACCCUCAUCAAAAUCUCUAUUAUUCGAGAAGAAUAAUCCCAUAAAAGUGAGAAAAAAUAAAACAACAAAAAAUACAAAGAAAAGUCAUGAGGAAGAUACACUUGUUGCGUCAACGGCACAAUCGUUAACAUUUUCAAAUUUAUGUGAGGGAAUGGUGAUAUUAGGAAGAGUACACAUGAUAAGAGAUUAUGAUUUAAUUAUAUCUUUACCAGGACGAUUAACUGGACGUGUAAAAGUUACCGAUAUCAGUGAAUCAUAUACAAAUCUAUUGCAAAGUGUUGUAAAUUCCGAAGGCGAUUCUAUAACAGAAUUUAGAACUCUAGCUGAAUUAUUUAAACCAGGUGAUAAUGUUGUCACUUACAUUAAAGCACUCGGCGAAGACAAUUGGCGUGUCUCAUUAUCAUUGGAACCAAAUUUAUUGAAUCAAAAUUUAAAUUCCAAUUCAAUAACCAAUAAAUCGAAAAUUAUUUGCUCAAUCGCAAGUGUUGAAGAUCAUGGCUAUGUUCUCGAAACUGGAAUUCCAAAUGUUCGUGGAUUUUUAUCAAAAAAGGACAUUGAAGAUGAUCAUAAUUCCAUUUACUUUCCAGGAAAACAAAUAAUGUGCGCCGUGAAAAAUAUGAAAAAUGACGAUAACGCAUCAAUAAUAACACUAUCAACAAAAACCAAUCAUUUAGAAACAAUUGUGGAAAAUGUGAAAUCACUCAAUAGUUUAAUGCCAGGAAUGCAAUUGACUUUGACAAUAAAAAAAAUUCUUUCCAAUGGAUUACAAAUUUCCUAUAAUGGUGACAAAAUUGGUUAUAUUAAUCAAAUUCACAUACCAAAAAUUCUUUCUCAAUAUACACCAGGAUUAGAGGUUGAUGGAACAUUAUUGUAUAUUAUUCCAACGGUGAAAUUUGCAUAUUUUACAUUAUUAAAACAAAUUCCGGAAAAAUCACAAAUCAAUAAAGGUGAUAUUGUCAAUGCUCGUGUUUCAUAUUUGGAAUCAAGUGGAAUUAUCGUGAAAUUAGGAAAAGAUCUCAAAGGUUUAAUACCAUACAAAAGAACUCAUGUGAAUUCAAAUAAAGUAAAAGAAAUUUUCACUCCAGAAUCGGAUCACAAAUGUCGAAUACUCACCUACGAUAUUAUGGAUCGUAUUUACAUUUGUUCGACAGAGAAAAAAAUUUUAGAAGCCACACAUUUAUCAAUAGAAAAUUUCAUUCAUGGCGAAAUAAUUGAAGUUGUUGUCAAUGAAAUAAAUCGUGAAACUGGUUUUAUUAAAGUUUCCACUGGCAAAAUAUUGGGAACAAUUCCACCUUAUCAUAGUUCUGAUAAUGAAAAAUGCUCAUCAAAAUUAAAAGUCAAUGAUAAAGUGAGCGCUAAAGUGUUGUCUAAUAUUAAUAAAAAAUUAACAUUCACCUUAAAACCUCUUCUUAUCAAUAGCAAUUUGCCAAUUUUGGAUAAUAUUCACCACGCUCAUGUUUCAUCACAACAUCAUGGGACAAUUCGUCAAAUUACCGAUAAGGGAAUUCUAGUGAAAUUUUACGGUGAUCUUGCCGGAUGGGUUCCACUUUCUUUUCUUGAUCCACAAUUAAUAAAACAAAAAUGGAAUCAUUUUAUCGGUGAAGUAGUAACUGUGAUGAUUAAAGCUGUUGAUAUCGCACGCAAUAAAUUAACAUUAAAAAUUAUUAAGGAAAAAAAGAAAAAAAUUACCUUUAAAAUUGGUGAAACAGUCAAUGGUAUUGUUCUCAAUUCAUCAACAGAGGGAAUACAAUUGAAAAUCAAUAAAAAUAAUUUAGAAACAAUGGGUUUUAUUCCCGCUGGACAUAUUGCACCGUGUCCCGAAUUAGCUAGUUUAAUAGCAUCGAAAACAAUUCCCGGUGAUGAAAUAACGGCUUUGGUAUUCUCAACAAAUCCCAAUUUAUUAUUGAGUGUAUCAUUUGUUCCACAAGCUGAUGUAACAUUAAAAAAUUUAAAAAUCAAUUCAACUAUUUUAUGUUCGGUGAAAAAUUUCACUGAUAAUAUUUGUCGUGUUAUAUUGCCAAUUAAUGAUUUUCUUGGCAAUGCACAAGUGAAGAAAAAUUUUCACGACAAUGAAGAUUUAAUACGUACAAAUCAAAUUUUAUUAAGUAAAAUUCUUUCAAUUGAUAAUGAUGGUAAAAAAGUGACUGUAUCGACACGUUUAACGGAUUUAUGGAAAAAACCAACGGAAUCAAUGUCGGCAAUCGAUACAUUGGGUAUUUAUUUAAUAAAAAUGAAGGAAUUAUCGGAAAAGGAUUAUUUUAAAAAUCGUCCAAUAUCGUCAAUUGAAUUGGGACAAAAAAUUGAUGGAAUUGUCGAGACAAUAACUGAACAUGGUUUAAUUUUAAAAUUAAAGGACAAUUUAAAGGCAACUGUUCGUAAGGAUCAUUAUCGUGGUGAUGUUCGUGUUGGUGAUAAAGUUAAAGGCGUUGUACUUUGGGUGAAUUUUAUCUAUGAAUUAUUGGAAGUUACAUUAUUGCCACAACUUGUCUCGUCGAUUAGUGGAAAACAAUCGAAAUUUCAAAAAUUACCAUUGGAAACAAAAUUACGUGGUACUAUUGUUUUGAUAACAAAUUGGUUUAUUCUUGUACUUCUCAAGGGACAAUAUAAUGGUGGAUUUGUUGUUAUGCCCGCGAGAUUACAUCUCAAUGAUUUGAAUCCUGAUUUAUCGACAUACAAUAUUGGUCAAAAGGUACGAUGUUUUGUUGUACUUAAUGAAAUUGAAUGUAAUUCGUUGAAUAUUUGUUUACCAAAGUCAAUGUUUGAAUCGAAGAAAACGCCAAUGGCUAAUCAUCUUUGUAAAAAGUUACUCUCGAUUAAUAAAGUUUCGAAACGAAGUCAAAAUAUCGAAAUAAAAGAAGAAGACGAAGAAAUCGAAAAUAAGAAUUCAAUGAAAAUAAAAAGAAAAAAAUCUAUAGAAGAAGUAGAAAGUGAACCAGUUUCCAAAAAAGCUAAAAAGAAAUCUAAAAAGGAAGAAGAAAAAAAAGAAGAAGAAGAAGAAGAAGUUUUAUUAAACGAAGAAAUGGAAAUUGACGAAAACGCUACCGAAUUGACAAUUCCUGAGUGUGGAUUUUAUUGGGAUAAAAUGCCGAGUUCUGUAUAUCGAAAAGAAGAAUCAUCGAGUGACAGUGAAAGUGAAGAAGAGGAAGAGCAACCGAAAAAGAAGAAAAAACUCAGCGCUAACGAGCGUCGAGAACAGGAACGACAAAAAGAGAGAGAAAUUCGUGAACGUGAAGAAGCAUUGGCAGCUUCCAAUCAUAUGCCAAAAUCUGUUGAUCAAUUUGAUAGAUUAGUUCUCGGUAGUCCUGACAGUUCACUUAUUUGGUUACAAUAUAUGGCGUAUCAUUUACAAGCAACUGAAGUCGAUAAAGCGCGUUCUGUUGCAAAACGUGCUGUUAAAACAAUAAAUUUCCGCGAAGAAGAUGAGAGGCUAAAUGUCUGGCAAGCAUGGUUAAAUCUUGAAAUUAAAUUUGGAAAUACAGAAUCAUUGAACGAAGUUCUUCAGGAAGCUGUUCGUGUGAAUGAUGCGGCAAAAAUUUAUUCCCACAUGCUCACUGCCUAUUCUGAGGCUGGUAAACAAAUUGAAAUGGAAAAAACUGUUAAUAUGAUUGUGAAAAAAUUCAAAGAUCAACCGGAAAUGUGGAUCAAAUGCGGAGCUGUUUUACUAAAAGUUGGAUUAAAAGAAAAAUCACGACACAUCAUGCAAAGGGCCAUUCAAUCUCUACCUGCACCCGAACAUGUGAAUUUAAUUGUAAGAUUCGCACACUUGGAGAAUAAUCACGGUGAUAAAGAGAGAUCACAAACUUUAUUUGAACAAAUUUUGAAUUCAUAUCCAAAACGAAUUGAUGUAUGGUCAUCUUAUGUGGAUUCUUUGAUUAAAUCAGGUGAUAUUGAAAUAGCAAGAAGAAUUCUUGAGAGAUCUGUCACGACUCAAGUACUUCCAGCGAGAAAGAUGAAAGUUUUAUUUAAAAAAUACAUUAAUUUUGAAGAACAAUAUGGAAAUGAAAAAUCUGUUCAAAAUGUUCGAGAUAUGGCUAAUGAAUAUGUAAAAGAGCACAGUGGAUAGAUAAAACAUUUUUUUUUCUCAUUCUUUGUACAUAUUUUUAUGUAAACACAAAUAUUAAUUUUUUUCUUUAAUAAUUUACUAUAAAUAAUGUUUUUGAACUCGUUUUAGUGGAAAAAAUAAAGCGAAUUUUUUUUAAAAAGUCUAAA